AAUGAUUGGCUUUUGUCUCCCGCUAGUUUUCUUAGUGGCUUCAUGCUUGAGUAUAAUUCAUGGUCAUGACGGUAUUACUUGUGGAAAUGGUUGGGCUGCCUUUGAAAAACAUUGCUAUUAUUUCUCAUCUUCUGCGUCAACAUUUAAAGAUGCCAUGUUGACGUGUUAUCGCCUUGGUGCUAAUAUGUUAGAACUUCAGAGUGCAGAGGAAGAAAAAUGGAUUGAUCUACAAUGCCGAAUAAGGGGUUAUCAGUACGGUGUUUGGCUUGGUGCAUGUGAUCUUCAACAGGAGGGAACAUUCAUAUCUGUCUCCAAUGCAAAAGCCCUUCCCUAUACCAAUUGGAUAAAGGGAGAACCAAACAAUAAUCUUGGAAUAGAGCAUUGCGCUUUGUACUUCGUUAAAUAUCGACGUUGGAACGAUGGACAUUGUAACCAUAAAGUAAAUUAUGCUUGCAAGAAAAUGAAAUAAAUUUGUCA